GUUGUGGCUCUAUGACAUUUGAAUUUGCCGCUACAUCAACUUUAUUUCUGCCACUGCUAUACCAAAUAUAUGCCAACUUGUACUACAACCGCGUGCAGAAAAUGAAAAAGUAAAAGGCCGAUUUUUCGAAUGAAUAAAGAUGCUGACCACGAAAAAGAGUAAGUUUGUGCCAACCGAGGCCAAGCUGGGGACGUUCUUGCAGAAGAACCUCCAAAACGCCGGCACAACACUGAAGGACCAGCAUGCGGUGGACGACACGACGAGUAAAGAGACUUCUAGGACUAUCGCAAGGAAAAAUCCCCCCUCCCCAUAUUGAAGAGGUAGGUUUUCGAAAAUUUGUGUUGCUGAUUUGAGGUCACAAAUCACGUUUGUGUUGCAAGAAGACAAGGGCAACAGCUUCCGUCCCAUUAUGGAGGCGGUUUGUCAUGCUGUUGAGCCAACAUCACGGACGCUUUUCAUGCUAAGCGCCUAAGUCAAAGCCUCUCUGCUCAGGCUUGAUAUGGGUCUGCAGUCCUCUCUAGCAAGACAGAUGUGAUUUGUGUACUCAAAUACAGCAACACAAAUCCGCUUUCGAUAUGGGGAGGGGGGAUUUUUCCUCACAAUAAGGACAGAAGUUCUUCUGGGUGGGAUGAAUAAAAUACGUACGGGCAUCAAAACAAACCUUGCGACUUCCUCCACUAGCAAAGUCAUCGACCUAUCCGACGAGGAGGACGCAGACGAGGAAAAGGCCGCGCCAGGGCAGCAGGAUUUUUAUGCCGCCGCGGCCCCAUCCGGCGCAUCUUCAUCAUCCAGUGCAAGCGACGGAGCUGCGACUGCCUCGAAGACAAAGAAUGUGCCUGCUGUCGUGGGGACCAGCACUGGACCACGAACUACAGGUAGAGUUGUUGUGUUCGGGCAACAAGAACAGAACUACAACAAACAGAAUCCUCAGAUGAAGAUGAAUCAGAGACCCGCGGGGGCCCAGAUAAGAAGGCACAGAUUGUCAGGGGUGCAGAGCUCAAAAGUCGCUCAUUUUCGUUUCGCACGUCGCUCACGGUCCUCCGUGGAAUUUUCUCGAGGCGAAAAAAAAUGUUUUGGAACGGAAAAAGACCGCGCCGC